AUGAAGACACGAACAACGCAAGCAUGGCAGACCCUUGCUGUGAUAUUUUUGCUGGGUGGUAUAAGCCAUGCGUCGCUCGGUGACAGAUUGCCAGAUUUCAAGGACUGUGUACAGGUCUGCAAAGAGGCCAAUUGCGGCAAAAACCCAACUCCAAUCCCUCUUCACCGCCGCCUCCUGUUUUGGGACUGUCCUGCAGAAUGCGAUUACACCUGCCAACACGUCGUGACUGACAAACGCCUCGCCCGUGAUCCGCCCUACAUGCAGCCGGUAUACCAAUUCCAUGGCAAGUGGCCCUUCUACCGCUUCAUGGGCAUCCAGGAGCCCUUUAGCGUCAUAUUCUCGCUGUUCAACUACCUCGCUCACGACUGGGGAAUGCGCCAGCUGCGCGACAAGAUACCGGCUUCCUAUCCGCUGCGCAAAUACUACAUAUGGUUUGGUUACGUGGGGCUGGCAAGCUGGACCUUCAGUACGAUCUUCCACGCGCGAGAUUUCAACAUCACGGAGAAACUGGACUAUUUUGCGGCAGGGGCGAAUGUGUUGUACGGACUCUACUAUGCACCGAUUCGUGUCUUCAGGCUGGACAGAAAGGAGCCGAGGAAGCAGUCUCUACUGCGGACAUGGACGGGGUUGUGCAUCGUGUUGUAUACUCUGCAUGUUCUCUACCUCUCACUCUGGUCAUGGGAUUACACAUACAACAUGGCAGCCAAUGUGGUCGUGGGCAUCAUAGCGAAUCUUCUCUGGAGCGGCUUCAGCUAUACCCAAUACAAGAAAAUUGGGCGAACCUGGGCAGUAUGGCCCGGAAUUUGCGUGGCAUGGGUCAUCAUGGCCAUGAGCUUGGAGUUGCUCGACUUUCCACCGUGGAUGGGUGUCCUGGAUGCGCAUAGUCUGUGGCACUUGGGUACCGUGGUACCCACGGUGCUGUGGUACAAUUUCCUCUUAAGAGAUGCCCAAGAAGAUAUAGCAGGUACGCGGCUUAAAAAAUGA